CUAACAUCCGUCAAUAAACAGAACACCUUCAGCGCUGUGCUGCCUCGUUUCAUAACAGUAAACUGAGCAAAAAGUCGCGUUUCUCCGUCUUCUGUCAGUGACUGUCAUUUAGGAUUAAUGUUUGUCAGAGAAAUGACUUGCAUAAAGCAAAUAUUUUCUCGCAGACCUCGAAUAAAAGUCGGACGGCCGCUCGGUGCAGCUCUCACCUCCUGCAGAUGUUUUCAUGCCGAAAUAGUGAGGCAUGAAUCCAGCGGUCUUCCCAUAGUUCAUCACAACGACUACGUGUGUGACCUCCCACCCAACCACAGGUUUCCUAUGGGCAAGUUCCCGCGGGUUUUCCACUUUUUAAUCAAAGACCAAGUCAUUACAGAGAAACAGGUGUGGGUCCCUGAAAUCGCCUCUAAGGAGUUACUGAGCUGUGUGCACACUGAGGAAUACUUGAACAACUUCAUAAGUGGGAAGACAAAUGAGCAAGAGCAAAGAAGGACAGGUUUCUCCUGGAGUGAGGGAAUAGUGAGACGCUGUCGAUAUGAAACCGGUGGGACCGUUCUAGCUGCUGAAGUAGCUCUGCACAGGGGCCUGGCCUGCAGUACGGCAGGAGGAACGCAUCAUGCUUUUCCAAGUUAUGGUUCAGGGUUUUGUCUCCUCAAUGACUUAGCAGUUGCAGCCAAAUACCUGAUGGGCAGCUCUUCAUCCAAGAGGAAGGUUCUGAUUGUGGAUCUAGAUGUGCAUCAGGGUGACGGCACAGCUUUCAUAUUUAAAGAGGAGCCGUGUGUGUUUACAUUCUCAGUGCAUUGUGGGAAAAACUUCCCCCUCCGUAAACAACAGAGUGACCUAGAUAUCAGUGUGGAGGACGGGCUGGAAGACAAGGAGUACCUCUCCACAGUGGAAGCCCACCUUCCCUGGCUGCUUGAGACUUUUCGUCCAGACCUGGUCCUGUAUGACGCAGGUGUCGACCCUCAUUGGGAGGAUGAACUCGGGAGGCUCCGUCUGACCGACCAAGGGCUGUAUCAGAGAGAUCUGUAUGUGAUGAAGACUGUGGUGAGCAGAGGCGUUCCUGUCGCUGCUGUCAUUGGAGGAGGAUAUUCAAGAGACAUCGACAAACUGGCGCUCAGACACUCUAUUGUCCACAGAGCAGCAGCUCAGGUUUGGAGGGAGUGUGGAAUGUAAAAUCAUCAUCUCCUGAAUCAAGAGGAUCCUCAAAGCCAAACUGAUACUGAUCUUUCGGGGGCCAGUAUUCAUUUUAGGGGGAAAAAACAUAUAAUGUGAACCACUACUUCUAUACUAUAUAUUUAUAUGCUGAACAUGCAACAGCAUUUAAUUUCUGUCAAGAAUUCUGAAAAGGAUCAUGGAGACAAUGGACUUAAAAGUUUUAUAUAAUAUUUUACACAAAUUAUGUAAUUCUAGAUUUUGAAACUACCUCUUGCACUUGUUUUUGAACAAUGGUAUACUGGCAUAAGAUAUUUGCAGCAAACCAACAUUCUGUAUGUGCUAAGUCAACCCCUCAGUAUAUCAAGCGAGGUUACUGUAAUUUGGAAUGUGACUCUUUAGUACAGUAUGUGGUACACUGGCUGAAGAGUGACUUAAGAGGAUGUUGAACUUGCUGUUUACCUCAUCAAAAUACUGUGUAGUUU